UAGAAUUUUAAAUAAUUUUCUAAGAAAAUGAGUUCAAAUAGACUUAGAGCAAUGAGAGAGAACUUUCAUUUAGAAUUGAGAAAAUAAACUUUAGAAUAGACUUUUAAAUUGAAGAGAUUAAUAACAAACUCAAUUAAACAUUAUCCGAUUGAAUAGUUAAUUGAUAUAGUAGAUAAGUUGAUGAGAUUUGAAGAAUUGAACGAUGAAGAAUAUUAAAUAAUGAUAUAAAUUUUAGAUGAUGUUUAAUAAACUGCUAUAAAUGAUCCAUCAUAAUUUUGUGAAUGGGCAGAACAUUUAAGAAUAAUAAGAACAUUGGUUGACUCUAUGUGUUUAGGUUCAAAUCCUAAAUAUUCUAUAAUUGCUACGAAAGCAGCUAAUUGUUUUAGAUAAGUCGUAAGUUAAAAAAAACCAAGAGUUUAUGUAAAUGAACAUUUUGAUUAAGUUUGUGAGAUCUAUAAAUCCUGGUUAGAUUCUGAUUCAAGUUUAUUGAGAGAAAAUGUAUUAAUUAAUGAAAAUUUUGUUAAUAGGGAUUAAGAGGUUUAAAUUAAUUAGUAGAAUUGCAGUCACCAAAAUACUCAAAAUAUGAUAUUGUUGAGAGUGUUUUAAAGUCACUUUAGAUUAAUAAGAAUAAUGAUAAAGCCCUUAAAAUAUUAUCUACAAUUACAAAAAAUGUAGAUGAUGAUAAUUAAGUAAUAGCGAUAUUGCGAAUAGCUUCUAAGUUGAUUGAAAAUCCAGACAAUAGAUGUAAAUGAUUUAUAUUAUUUAAUUAGUAAAGGAGAAGGGUUUAAUGAUUCUUGAUAAUGCUAGUAGAAAUAUUUAAAAUAUAUAAUUCAUAUUGACGAUGAGAGUCAUGCAAUCUGUUAUGAAUUUAAUUUAAAAUAAAGAUAAAAACAUUUCAAAACUAUCUUUAUCAAUUUUAUUGAAUUUAUCAUUCACAUCUGAAUUAGAUGAGUGUUAAAAGAUGUUAGAUUUAGGAAUUAUGGAUACACUUUAUAAAUUACUUAAAAAUACAUAAUUUACAUAUUAUAGAAUUUAUGGAAGUAUGAUAUUUAAUAAUUUGAUGGCUUCGACCCAUUUAAAUUUGGAUAAAAUUAUUUCGAAUAAAAAAAUACUGGAUGUAGUAUUUGAACUUUUAGAAUAUGAUAUUGUAGAUGUUAGAAGAGAACUAUUUUAAGCAUUUAAAAACUUUUUAGUCGUUUGUUCAAAAAAUUAAUUAUUAAUAAUGAUUGAUUCAGGUUUGUUAGAUUAUGAAAUUUCAGGAUUAUAUGACAUAGACAACACAAUUGUUUUAUUAUCUAUAGAAAGUAUUCAAUAUAUUUAUAUAUAUAGCAUUGCUUAUGAUAAUGCGAUAGUUUUAAUCAACACAUUUUGAGAGAAAAGUUCAUCUGUACUUUGAAAAGAAGAAUGUGCCUUUGAAACUUGAGAAUUUAAGCAAAGAUUCCAAUGUGGAAAGGAUAUGUUUUUUAGCAUAACAGUUUCUUUAAGAGUUAAAUAACUAUGAUUAAUGA